AUGUUAAACGUGCCUGAUGAACAUGUACGAGAGGAGUUACAUGUAGAUGUCAAUGUCUUUGAGAAGAUGAAGAAACUUAAGCUACUCAAACUCAGUGGCAUACGACCUUGUGAACAAUUUACAUAUCUUUCAAAUGAAUUAUGUUAUCUCGAUUGGGAUGAUUAUCCUACAAAGUUUUUGCCAUCCAAUUUCCAUCCAAAAAAUCUUGUGGAACUUCGCCUUUGUCACAACCAAAUCAAAGAAAUAUCAUCAAGUAUCAAGUUUUUACAGAAGUUAAAAUACCUUGAUUUCGGUGACUCCUUAUAUUUGUAUAAAAUUCCUGACUUGUCUAGUCUCUCAUAUCUCGAGGAAUUAAAUCUUGAAGGAUGUAAAAAUCUAAUUGAGGUCCACGAGUCGAUUGGAGUUCACGAGAGGCUUGUUUGUUUGGAAAUGGGGGACUGUAAAAAUCUGAGGAGUCUCGCAAAAAGCAUCAAGUUGGAAAAGUUGAAAUAUUUGAAUCUAAGUGGAUGCUUAAAACUUGAGAAGUUUCCAGAAAUUCAGGGGUGUAUGGAUCGUUUGUGGGAACUUUAUUUGACAAAAACUGCAACAAAAGAUUUGCCUUCAUCAAUUGAGCUUCUUGAAGGGCUUCAGGAUUUAUUGGUAGGUGAUUGCCGAAAGCUUAAAAGGGUUCCAAGUAACAUUUUUUCUAGAAUGAAGGAUUUAAAAUCCCUUGCCAUUGGAGGAACCGCUAUAGAACAUGGAAGCAAUUUGUCUAGCAUACCAACAAGCCUCAUUCAACUCAAAUGUCUGAAAAGCCUUGAUUUGGAACAUUGCACAAGCCUCCGAACGUUGACUUCACUUCCGUCAUCUAUUAAAAAAGUGAAUGCUCAUGGCUGCAAAUCAUUGGAACGGUAUUGGAUUCCACCAAGUGCAAUUGGUCUAAACAAUCGCGAAUUGAGAUUCAGUGAGUGCCACAAAUUGGUUAUGGAUGAGAUGGGGAACAUGCCAAAUAUAUCAUCACAAAGUCAGCUUCAGGGGGUUGAAUGGAUCAUUUUUCGGGGAAGUGAGAUUCGGCAAUGGUUUAGGCAUAAGAGUGAAGUUGAGGGGUCUUCUUUGUAUCUGGUGGUAGAUCAUUUAUCGUCUUACAAUAAUGUUAAAGGAAUUGCCAUCUGUGCUGUUUCGGAUUUUCAUGGAAUGGAGGAGUAUUUUGGAUUUGAUCUCAAAAUCAAUGGUUAUGGCGUGAAGACACGUCUUAGGUAUGAGGGGUAUAAAGGCAGUCACGCUUCAGCUGUAACAAUUGUCUACGAACAUUCAGUCGGUCAAAUAAUGAUGGAAGAAAGGAAGGUGAAGAAAAUGGGUAUCCAUCUAAUUAUGGAGGAGCAAGGUGAAGGUGAAGGUUAA